UUGAUCUUUGCUUUGAAUCCAUUGCGUGCCGCCGCGCGACGCUCGAUGGCGAUUCCAGGCAGCGUCAUGUGGAAGAAGGGCAAGGAGGAGGAAGCAUUCUACACUCGUAUGUUUCAACUGGCAGAUGUCGACAAAACCGGCAAGGUGGAAGGCAAAACAGCCGUCGAAUUCUUCACCACGAGUGGUCUGCCGGCUACAAUCCUCAAGCAGGUGUGGUCAUUGGCCAGCACCAACAUGCAGCCGUAUUUGAACCAAGACGAGUUCAACGUCGCGCUCGGAUUAAUUGCGUUGGCCCAAUGUGGGGAUACGCUUGACCUGGAUCGCCUUGCCGCGUUGGGCAACUCCCACGCGCUUCCACUACCUGUCCUUCACAUUGACGGCGCCAAUUCAAAGGACUUUGUCAUGGCAGCAACCGACGAAUACAAGUACAAGACGCUCUUCCGAGAUGCUGUUGGCGGCGACGUCGACGGUACAAUCACCGCCACCGCCGCGAUGGAGCUCUUUCAAAAGUCAGGCAUGCCCCUCUCCGAACUGCAAGAAAUCUACCGCUUGGUAGACUCUGGCAUGAACACCGGACUGCAAGUGGCGACAUUCACGAUCGCAAUGCACUUGAUCGUGUGCAAAACUCGUCGCGGCAUGGCACAAAUCCCAACAACGAUCCCCAUGGAGCUCUUCCCGACGCUGGCCCUGCCUCCCAUCAAGCUUGACCAAGUCGCGACAGGACAGAAUGCUGCCGCCAUGCUCGAGUUACAGCUGGGGGCGCAGAAGCAACUCGUUGGCGCUGUCGCGCAUGUGCCAGCAGCUUCUUUGACGCCACUGGAAGUGCAUUUGAAUGCUGUGGAAGCGCUGGGGUAUGCGCUACCCCCUUCCGCUCGGCAAGCGCCAGGCGACAGCGCGAGCCUUUCCGAGCUUGAGGCCGUCUUGCUGCGGUAUAUUGCACAAGUUACGCAGGAGCUACUUGUGCUACAGCAACAGGACAAAACAGCCCCCGUUGUCCCCGUGCACACGCUGCUCCAGACGCUGACAAACCUCAAGCAGCAGUCGGCACGGCUCGUGGAGCAAAAGGAAGCCGCGUUGCGAUGCCAGCCCAAGAACCAGCCACACCACCACAACUCAAAUUUGCACGUCGACGUGGACAAGUCGGUCACUUCGAGUGGAUUUGGCUUCUCGACUAGUUUCGACGCUUCGUUUGACAACGCCGCCAAGCGUGCUCCCGCCCAGUCGUUUGAAUGGACAGUCGAUGGGGACCCGUUCUCCCCGAAUCCGCCGCCGCCGAUCGCGAGCGCCGCCCCCACAUUUGUCGCGGCCGACGGGGCAAGCCUCUUCUCGCCAACUCCAUCCACCCACGCCUCGUUUGCGUUUGACGGGUCUGCAGGCACAGGAGGAAGUUCAAGUGCCAAGCCAGACCAGUUUGUCUCGUUCCAGAGCAUGGCGAAACCAGCAGCUCCAGCCGUCAUUUUAGAUGCAUUUGCUGCUGCUACAACGUCCACAUUCAAUGCGUUCGAUGCGAUGAACGAAAUGGACCUGAGCGUCACGGAAAAGUACAUCGUGGCGUCCCCCGAAACCACACUCGCUGAAAAGAUCGCCGUGAUCCCGACCACUCGCUCAUCCACAGCCUUGAAGCGAUCGACCAGCGCCACAUCGGACAACGUGUCGCUGUCGCGGAGACCGUCCAUGAUGGCGUCCGUGCCGCCGCCGUCGUUGUCCGCCACGGGCAGGAGCCAGUCGUCGUCAUUCGCCGACGAGUUUGCACCGAAGCCAGUCGAGCCACAGCCCGUGGCGGCGUUUGGCGCGUUCGACGCUGACACCGCGUUGUCGGCACCAUCUCAAGAUAGCUUUGCCUCGUUUGCAGCAACGACAGCCGCUCCCGGUAUCCCGUCUCUCACGGACGCAUCGUCGUCCGAUUUUGGCGAUUUCAGCGGCGACACGUCGUUCCCAGCAUUCGACGACGCUCCAUCGUUCCACCCGCCGACCGAGCAAGACUCGUUCGAGACGUCGUUCGACGUGGACCAGGCGUCGAUCCCCACCUUUUCAACGUCCUUUGACAGCGUCGUGCAGACCGAUGCAUUCACCGCAGACUUUGGCAAGUUUGAAGCCUCUUUUGCUGCGUUUGGCGUCCAUGACACCUCGGCGGCCACGGCGUCGGAUGGCUUUGACGCACCGGCCUUUGCUGGCACGACCUCCAUCUCGGACGGAUUUGGUGCGUUUUGCGUUGACGGCGCGAUGUCGUCCUGUGCACCUUCAUCGUCGACCGCAACCAACGACGACGUCGGCGCUGGAUUCGGCGACUUGACUACCUCGUCGGCGUCCCCCGAGCCGUUCGGAUUGUUGCCAGCACACGACCCAUCCACCGACGUGUUUGAAUUUGGCGAAUCGACGACACCAGACUCGCAAGAGGUGCCGCACCCUGCCAGCGACAACGACGUGGCGAACGGCAGAGCCCAUGCCGAGACGAGUGACCGACCGCUUGGCUCUGGCCAAGCAUGCAAUAGCCCGCUGGAUGCUGUUGGUUUCUCAACUGUAUUUGGUGACGUCGACGGAUCCAGCGGCGCCGACGCCGCCGUCUCGUUCAGCGAUGCCUUCGCCGCGCCGUCCUUUGGUGGAAUUGGAAGCACGUCGACUCGACUUGACGACGUCGGUGCUGCAUUUGGGAACGAUCUCGACACGGACAAUGCCGUGCUUCGUCCGACUGACGUGAUUCCACGAUCGGACCAUCGAGACGUUGCCUCCUCGGAGACCCCUUCGACCGUCCACGAAGCUCCAGAUGCACCGGAGGACGAAUCCGAGCUCUCUGGCGCCGCGUCUACACACGAAGAUGCUGACGCCGCGGCGGCAGGACGUGGCUGUCUCUUUGGCCUGCCCAAAGACGACGCGCCAUUCGACGACCGUAGUCCGACUUCCCCGACCAGCACCAUUCCAUCAACGGACCAGCAAACUACAGCGCCGAUGCGCUCCACAACCGCGGUUGACAUGCACGUCCCGGCAACGGAUCGCUUGGACGAUUGGACUGAGUUGGGUGCGUUCCCCAUGCGCCCCGCGGCCGCGCCGACACUGUCCUUGACGCCCGACGCAUUCGCGACGACUGUCGUCGCGGCCGACACAGACUUUGUGUUUCCUGUGUUCGACGCUCCCAAGCCAUCCGUGCCGCCGGCCGCAACGACCUCCACCAACGACGACAUCUUUGGCGACUUUACCUUGUCGACCUCGGACCGUCGAGUGGCGACCGAUCCGUUCUUGCCGAGUUUUUUCUCGGACAACGGACCGUUCACAGCGACAUUUGCGACCGAGCCAGCCAAUGUCGCGGACGCCACCAACUCGUUUGCCAACUUUGCCGACUUUCAAGCGAGCGUCGGGACGUCUGCGUGGGACGUUUCCGCGUUCCCGGCACCGACAGACCACAGCUCGAAUCCUCCCGCGGAGUCGACGUCAGUCCCGGCCGAUUUUUCAUUUUAACCAACUCUCGAUUUCCGUGUGGAUGAUGGGUCAAUAAGGCAGGUCUCGAAAUCGCAGCAUCCCACAGCAGCACAGCGGCAUGGAGGCCAGAGUAGAUGAUGAACCACACGAUUCAUGGAGAUGCAUUUGUUCGUGGCGAG